CUGACUUCUGUAUUUAAAGGCGCCAAGGAAAACUGCGGGAGGCAGAACUGCCAUCUUUUGGGGUGCCUGACGAGCUGGGUGAUUCUGUUUUAAUUUCUCUCCUUUUUUAAAAUAAAAAAGUUUCAAAAUAGUCACCUUUACACUACUUCAGUGAAAAUGCCGGAAGAAUCAUCUACUGUAGCCUCUGGCACGAAUACAACCACUGAUGCACCGUCGUCCUCAACCUCAUCUGAGCAGCCCGAAAGUGCCAAUGUGGAUGUUCUUGAGAAUGCCAAAAAAUUGUUGGGAACUGGAAAUAAGCAUAUGGUGAUGGGCAACAUCCCUGCAGCAGUAUCAGUCUUCCAGGAAGCCUGUGGAAUGUUGGCAAAGAAAUAUGGUGACACUGCAGAUGAAUGUGCUGAGGCAUUCUUCCUUUGUGGAAAAGCACUCUUGGAUCUGGCAAGAAUGGAGAAUGGAGUCCUUGGAAAUGCACUUCAGGGUGUACCAGAAGAAGAAGAUGGCGUGGAAGAUGAAACCGAAAAAGAUGGCAAAUUUGAAAGUACAGAAAACCUGGAUGAAAAUACAAGGAAAGUGCUGCGGGACCAGGUCUAUGAUGCCAUGGCAGAGAAAGAGAAGAAAGAAGGUGACGUGACAGAGGGGGCUGACACAACGAAAGGAGGGACUGACACAGUGACAGAGUGCAAACUAAAUAAAGACCAACCUGAAGAGAAAUCUGAGCCUUUGAAGACUGAACAACCCCCCACUGCAGUAAAGGAAGAAACUGAAGCAAAGGUAUCUUCAAAAGAAGCUGAGGCGACGGAGAAUGAGAAAGAAGUAUCUUCAACAAAUGUGGAACCUGCAGCUGACUCUACAAAUGAAGGUGAUGCUCCUCCUGCAGAGGAAAAAGUAUCUCCAAAGAAAGAAGAGCCUUCCAGUGAACAGAAGCAAGAGGAGAUGGCUAUAGAAGAGAGCAAAAAGGAGAUAGAAAGUGAAGAUAAAGAGAAUGAGGACCCUUUGAAAAAUGGGGAAGUGUCAGAAGGAAAAGAAGCUGAAGAAAAUGAAGAUGCCGAUGAAGCAGAAGCCAUGGAAGAGGGUGAAGAUGCUGAAGAGGAUGAAGUGGAGGAAGAGGAUAAUGCUGAAGAUGAAAAUACAGAGGAUAAGGAAAGUGAAGAGGAGGAGGUUGGGAACCUACAGCUGGCUUGGGAAAUGCUUGAGAUUGCCAAAGUCAUCUAUAAAAGGAAAGAGUCUAAGGAGGAUCAGUUACGGGCAGCACAGACCUACCUGAAGCUUGGUGAAGUUGGUUUGGAAUCUGGCAAUUAUACCCAAGCUGCUGAGGAUUUCCAGGAGUGUCUAACUCUUCAGAAGAAGCAUUUGGAACCUCACAGUCGACUGCUUGCGGAGACAUACUACCAGCUUGGCCUUGUGUCUGGUUAUUCAGGGCAAUAUGAUCUUGCCAUUCAGUACUAUAACCAAUCUGUGGAGGUUAUACAGAAUCGACUUUCAAUGCUGAAAGAAGUCCUUGACAAGGCUGAAAAUGAAGACUCUGUGGCUGAUGAUAAGAAGGAAAUGGAAGAGUUGAAAGUUCUUCUUCCAGAAAUAAAAGAAAAAAUUGAAGACGCCAAAGAAAGUAAAACCACUGGCCAUGUGGCAUCUGAAGCAAUAAAGGAGACUAUGACUGGUGGUUCUACAAGUGCAUUCUCUGGGGAUUCUGGGACCACAUCUACAACUCCAACAAAUUCGAGUGAAGGGGCUUCAUCAAAGGCUGUUUCGGAUAUUUCCCAUCUUGUGCGGAAGAAGAGAAAAACUGAAGAUGAGAGCCCAAUAAAGGAAGCUAAAAAGUCCAAACCAGAGCCAGCAAUAAAUGGUGCAGAAGAGCCUGCCAGUAAUGGCAAUGGAGUUGAGAAAAUGGAAGAGGAGCCCUCCCAGUCUGCUGUCUCACUAGAGUCGUCUGCAUGAUUUCCAUGAAGAUGGCAGUUCUUGCCCACAUCAACUAAGCACCCCUGUUCAUUGCAUUUGGUUUUUUGUACAUACUUUCAUGUUUUUUGUAAAAUUGUAGUAAAUUUCAAUAAAGCUUAUUUGUGAAAAGGGA